GGACAAGGGCAAGAAAUCUCGGAGUUCCCGUGUGUUUUCCAGCAGUUGGACGCUGCUUCUCGAACCUUCUUGCAAUAAGGUUUCUCUCGCCACAGAGUUGUUUCGGUUCCAAUCAGGUCGGAUGCACUUACAAUACCUCACAAUGUCUCGUCAGAAAGAACAGAUUUUGAUAACAAUCCUCUUCGUCCUCGUUUCCUGCUGCAUCACAUUAUCUGCGCAUGCGUGGCCGACGCGGAACAACGAAUGGGAAGGCCAGAGGUGGAGUGACCCCAUUUCACAAAAUGAAGAGGGCGCCAAUUCCAUCUCGCUGAGGAACAGGCUGGAGAUCUUGGACAUGCUCAAGGAGUUAGAUCGACAGGCCAAGGUCGCCGCCAAGAGAGACAACCCGAGGGUGCCAGAACCCAAGUUGUGGGUCAGCAAGAAGGGCAGCGGCGGAGAGCGCCAUAUCCCUUGCUUCUGGAACGUGGUCACGUGCUAUAAAUGAACCAAUGAGCGGCUAAGACACUCAGCUAUGCGCAAGCGUAGAACAGAUUCGAAGAUAUGCACCAUUUUUUGUUUUGUUGUGAUUUCCAAAUUUAAUUGCUUUCAUUGA